AUGGCCGACAUAAAUUCUCUCAUAAACCCUCCUACGGAAGAAGAAGAUGAAUACUUGCCUUCGGAUGACGGACGGAGCGGCUCUGUGGCCGGAAAUGGAAUCAAAACCGAGGAAAUCAAAACUGAACCAGAGCCAGAAACGGCAGUUGCUGCCGACGACUCCUUGAGCUCGUUUGACAAAAUAAAGACCCAUUUUCCUGCAGCACGUAUCAAGAAAAUCAUGCAAUCCGAUGAGGAUAUCGGUAAGGUAGCCCAGGUGACUCCAGUGGUUGUAGGAAGAGCGCUUGAGAUUUUCAUGGCCAAUCUCGUGGACCAUGCGAUUGUUGAGGCCAAAAAGGCCGGCGUUCGUCGUAUUGCUGCGCUGCACAUCCGUGCUGCCGUCGAGAACACUGAGCAGUUCGACUUCUUGGUGGAUGUGGUUUCCAAAUACCAGUCUGCUAAGAACUAG